AUGGGAUUGGACUCCAUCGACGAGUCGAAGGUGACUGUAUACGGCGCUUGCUUCUGCUGCUUUAACGGCCUGAACUUGGAAAACGUCGAGAUCGGGUGUGCUGCCAAGGAGACGCUUCUUUGCCUGGAGUGGGACUUCUGCCUCAAGUCCGGCACAGAGAAGCUUCGCUGCUUCUGCUUGGACAUUCGCAUCGUGCCCGUCACCGUCUGCAUCAAGCAGCAGGGCCAAAUGUGCUGCCUGGUCUCUGCUGCCGCCAUUCCACCCGAUGCCGAGGUACCCAUGAUGCUGUCAGUCUGCUUCCUGGUCUGCUUCCCCAAGUUCGGCUUCUUCAAGAAGAUCUCUGAGAUCAAGGGCUAG